AAAAGAAGGAAAAGGUCAAACUUCAUUCCAAAUUAGAAAGCGAGUAAGAAUAAGAUAAAGAUGUAGAAAAUAUUAUUUUGAUUAACAACCCGCUGAUUAAAGGAUCAUAAAAUAUGGAAACAAAGAUAAAAGGAAAACAGGAAAAAGGAAAUUACAACAACAAUAGCACUAUAAAUAUGCAGCAAUAGGACAAAGCUUUCUACUACUCGAAUAAACAAAGCCUCUAAUUACUUUGGGCAACUCACUCUGCCUUCAGAAAAUUCAUUAAGCUUCGUGUUCACCAAGCAAAUCAUCAACAUCAUGUCUUUGUCUUCAAGAGCCGUUCUCGUCGUUAUGUGCUUUCUGUUCUUGUCGUGUACACCACUCUUUACGUCGGCAACAACAACAACAGUUCAAGGACUUCAGCCUCGAUGUGAAUCUCACAUCUUCAACAACGGAAAACAUUACCGUUCUUGCAAGGAUCUUCCCGUGUUAGACUCGUUCCUACACUUCAGUUAUGCUCGAGAAACCGGAGUUCUCGAUGUUGCUUACCGUCAUGCCAAUCUUGAGUCUUCUAGUUGGAUCGCUUGGGCCAUAAACCCGACCAAAAAAGGCAUGUUAGGCGCUCAAGCUCUCGUGGCUUAUCGUAACUCAACAUCUGGCGUCAUGCGUGCUUAUACUUCAAACAUCAAUAGCUACGCUACUAUGCUUCAAGAGUCUCCUCUUAGCUUUCGUGUAACGCAAGUAUCCGCCGAGUAUCUUGAUGGAGAGAUGACGAUAUUCGCAACUAUGGUGCUGCCUCCUAACACAACCGUUGUGAAUCACUUAUGGCAAGACGGUCCGUUGAAGGAAGGAGAUAGACUUGGGAUGCACGCAAUGAGUGGAGAUCAUCUCAAAUCCAUGUCCACUUUGGAUUUGCUUUCCGGACAAGUCACCGCAACCAAAUCAGUUAAUGGAAACAUAUUGUUGGUCAAGCGAAUCCAUGGAUUAGUAAACACAGUGAGUUGGGGGAUUCUCAUGCCUAUUGGAGUUAUGGCAGCACGUUACAUGAAGACCUACGAAACAUUAGAUCCCACAUGGUUCUACGUACACGUCGUUUGUCAGCUCACCGGAUACUUGGCCGGUCUUCUCGGAGGCCUUGGAACAGCGAUCUACAUGGCAUUGCAUACCGGGAUGAGAAGCACAGCGCAUACCGUGAUAGGGAUUUUAAUAUUCUGUUUAGGGUUCUUGCAAAUACUUGCGCUCAAAGCAAGACCGGGUAAAGACCACAAAUACAGAACAUACUGGAACUGGUAUCAUCACACGGUGGGAUACGUGGUGGUUGUGCUGAGCGUGUACAACAUAUACAAAGGGUUUGUUAUAUUGCAACCUGGAAGUGGAUGGAAGAUCGCAUACACCGCCAUCAUCUGUGCUAUUGGAGCGUUUGCAAUUGUGAUGGAGAUCUUGCAGUUCAAGAAGAGAUGGGGUAGCUUGUUUGUGAAGAAAUCGGAAGACCUACAAGAAGCUAAUCAAAGUGCUUUUAAGAAGGAGAUUUUGAAGUUUAUGAACAGAUGGGGUGACAAGACACCGGAAGACCUAGAAGCUAAUCAAUAUGCUUCCACUGAAGUGGUCUAGUUUUAUUCCUUUUCCAUGUACUGUCUAUAAAUGUCACUGUCUUAGACAACUCGUGUUGGAUCAUUCUUUAUAUUUUUUACGUGUAGACGAUUCAGUAUGACCAAUAAAAGUUGUUUAAAGUCGAAUAUUCAAAUAAGAAAUAGUUUCAAGAAUUUAAAUAGACCAAUAUAAUGUUUCCAAAGAGGAAAUUUUCAAUACUUUUGAGUUGAUGUGGUUCUCACAAAGGGUUCUCACAGGACACCGUACGAGUAGUUGGGGCCAACCGCAGUGCUGCAUUUUAUGUGGUGAACUAGGGAUCACCUUUUCUUUGCUUGGCCAUACACUUUUAUGGUCUGGUUGAAGUUGGCAGGAAAUCUUUUUGGAUUGGAACCUGACCCGGAUUGGGAGACGGCGCUGUCUAGGCUACUUACGGGUUCGUAUGAUCACCUGACUUUCAUUCUUUUGAGACUGGCCCUGCAAGCCACCAUAUACUUUAUCUGGCGCGAACGCAAUGAGAGGAAGCACAACUCCAAUAACAAGUCAGUGGAUCAGGUAGCCAAGUUAAUUAACAAGUCCGUGCGGAAUCGUAUCUCCUCCACUAACUACGUACUCAAUCCCAAACUACAGGGAGAUGAUACGUUGGUCUGAAGCACAUGUUAGUGCAGUUUAGGCUUUUGGCUAGUUUCACUUAUAUAGUUUCUGAAAACUCAUUAUAGUUGUACAUAUAUUAUUAUUUUGCGAUGAUCAAUAAAUUUAACAUUUCAUCGGAAAAAAAAAAAUUUCAAUACUGACCAUAACUGUGGGGAACGAUUGCGCCAGUAACAUUUUUAAGUGAGGAACAAUUGUGUUUAUUCUGAAUAGAUUUGUAUGAAGAUCACUUUAUCAAAGUCCCUAAACUAAUCAUCUUAUAUAGUUACAGACAGAUAGAUGAUCAUGAGGCUGCUGGGUAAUGGUAACAAAUAAACCUUUAAAACC